GGCUCCGGGAGCUCCCGGGACUGGCGGAGCCGCCKCCGCCGCCGCGCACGGAGCAGCCCCGCCGGUGCCGCCGCGCUAUGGAGCCACCGGAGCCCGCCGGGGCGCCCGACCGGCCCUGGGAUGAAGCCAAGGYUUUCUACGACAACCUGGCCCCCAAGAAGAAACCCAAAUCGCCCAAACCCGAGAAUGCCAUCACCAUCGCCGUGUCCUCGCGGGCGCUGUUCCGCAUGGAGGAGGAGCAGAAGAUUUACGCGGAGCAGGGAGUGGAGGCAUACGUGAAAUAUCAGCUGGACCACGAGAACGAGCCCUUCCUGCCCGGAGCUGCCUUCCCCUUCGUCAAAGCGCUGGAGGCGGUGAACACUCAGCUCCGUGAGCUCUACCCCGACAGCGAGGAGCUCUUCGACAUCGUCCUCAUGACCAACAACCACGCCCAGGUUGGGGUUCGCCUCAUCAACAGCAUCAACCACUACGAUCUGUUCAUCGAGAGGUUCUGCAUGACGGGAGGGAACAGCCCCAUCGGUUACCUCAAAGCCUAUCACACCAACCUCUACCUCUCCUCCGACGCCGAGAAAGUGAGUGGGGCCAUUGAAGAGGGGAUCGCUGCCGCCACCAUCUUCAGCCCCAGCAGGGACCUGGAGGUGUCGGAGAAGCAGCUGCGGGUGGCGUUCGACGGGGACGCCGUGCUCUUYUCGGACGAGUCGGAGCAGAUCGUCAAAGCUCACGGGCUGGACAUGUUCUUCGAGCACGAGAAGGAGCACGARAACAAACCCCUGGCGCAGGGCCCUUUGAAAGGCUUCCUGGAGGCUCUGGGGAAGCUKCAGAAGAAAUUCUACUCCAAGGGGCUGCGUUUGGAGUGUCCCAUCCGCACGUACCUGGUGACGGCGCGCAGCGCUGCCAGCUCSGGGGCGCGCGCCCUAAAGACUCUGCGCAGUUGGGGCCUGGAGACGGACGAGGCUCUUUUCCUGGCCGGGGCACCCAAGGGCCCGCUGCUCAGGAAGAUCAGACCCCACAUUUUUUUCGAUGAUCAGAUGUUCCACGUGGAAGGGGCGCAGGAGAUGGGCGCCGUGGCGGCGCACGUGCCCUACGGCGUGGCGCAGCGGCACAAGCGGCCSAAAAACGAYGGCAAAUAGAAACACGGACC